AUGCCGCCACGCAAACGACCAUUCAAGUCAGCGGAAGCGCAGGGGAAUAUUCCCACGCUUGAACCCACUCUACUGCCUACGGGUAACGACCCAGCGCCUGUUCGACAGUUCACUCCAAUCAACGCGGCGACGACUUCGAACUUGCAACAACCCUCAGUCACGCAGUCGACCUUUGCCCCUAGCAACCUGUUCCCAGUGGACAAUGAGCCUGAGUCGACUAAUGUGGCACGACCUGGACCAUCUUUGACCUUGAAGCCCAUCCAGAAGGAGAAACCGACAGGCUUGGCGACUCCAAGAACCGCAGUGCUGGCAGAUCAUGACUGGAACAUGCUCAUGUCGAAGCUCAAAGAGCGUAUGGGGAGAUUCAGCAACCCGGUAACCACCCCGCAGAAGCGCACGGUGACUUUUGAUUCCACUGUCGACGACCAACCAUCUUCCUCUCCCCUGAGCCGCUCCGAUGAGCGGUCAUUCUCUCGACCUUUAUCACCAGCUCAACCCACAGGACAGAGACUUUUGCCGACUCCACCUGCACCUACGGACUUUGAACAGCCGUCGGCUCAUAAAAGAUCUCUCGGCUUCGGGCCAGACCUUGUGGAGAAACGGGCCAAGACCCUGCGCAUGGAGGGGGCCCACCGACGCCUGGACGCCCUUGAAGGCCAGCGCAUGACGGACAUUGAGGGCUUUCAGACGCGGUUUGCUGCGACAGAGACUAAAACAACACUUAUUGGAGAGAGAGUCGAUGAGAUUGAGUCAAUGGUCGACGAUACGGCUGAGAAAUUGGGCAUCCUCGAACAGGACGUCAGCGAGGGGGUCACGUCAAGCAGUCAGGCACUUUAUUCCUUCGCCAAUCUUACUUGCUAUCGAGAACAAAAUGGCGCUUUUGAAGACAGUUACCAGAGGCCCGGAUAG